UUUCCUUUUCGAUUGGACGUUUUGACGACACUACAAUUUCCAUUUCGCUCAACCCGAGAAAGUCAAGCUCAAAGCCAAACUGAGACUAUCUUUCAUAGAUUUGACAGGAAAAAGCCCCCACAAAUGCCAUGAUGAAGAUGAGCAAAUCAUUCCGGAUUGUGGCGUUGUGUUCACUGGCUAACUUCAUCAAUGCUGCUGACCGUGUGAUCAUGCCCAUUGCCAUUGUACCUAUGGCUGAUGUCUAUCAGUGGAGCAUGUCACUCCAAGGAUGGAUCCUCAGUGCAUUUGCUUAUGGUUACAUAAGUAGUCAGAUCAUAGGAGGAAAGGCUGCCCAGAAGUUUGGAGGAAAGCUGACAUUGGGAGUAGCUGUUGCUGUCUGGUCUCUGUCCACAUUUAUGACUCCAGUCAUUGGAGGCUCUUUCACUAUUCUAGUGAUGUCCAGAAUGAUUCUUGGAUUUGCAGAAGGUUUCUGCUUGCCGACAAUUUUCCAUAUCUUUGCCCACAAUGUCCACACAGACGAGAGAUCCAAGUCAUUUGGUUACCUAGUGGGGUUGGGCUCCCUCGGACAAACAGUGGCUGCAGUCAUCUGUCCUCGUCUAUCUUGGUCUAUGAUGUUCUAUGUGUUUGGAGCUAUUGGUUUGGUCUGGGUGCUGAUAUGGGUUAUGUUCUACCCUAAGGAUACACCAGAAGACGAUCCACAGAUGCUUCUCAUGCCAAAGGUUGACACAACAAAUAGCGUUUAUUGGACGAGUUACAUCUCUCACCGCUCCCUGUGGGCCAUCUACAUAGCACACUUUGCCAUGAACUGGUCAAACUACAUCGUGUUGUCAUGGUUACCAACCUAUUUGCAGAGGCAUCUAGGAGCUAAUAAACAAGAUGUCAGUUUCACAGCUUUUCCUUAUGUCAUGAAUUCAUUAGUUGGAGUUGCUGCUGGUCAUUAUGCUGAUUAUCUGAUAUCUCAGAAGCAUUGGACAACAUUAUCAGUGAGAAGACUGAUGACGAGCAUAGGUCUCCUUGGACCAGCUCUCUUCAUAUUCCUCUUCGGCUCUGUAGAUCAUCUUGUCUUAGCUGUAUGUUUCAUAUCAAUAUCUCUUGGUCUUUGUGGCUGUAAUUCGUCAGGGCACAUGAGUAACCAUGCCGACGUAGCACCCAAUCAUGCAGGUAUCACAUUCGCUGUCUCCAAUACCUUGGCAACCUUGCCUGGCAUGGCAGCAGGCCCUUUGACUGCAGCAAUGGUUGGUGCUUCAGGUCGCUGGACCCCUGUCUUCAUUGUCGCCUCGUUGGUCAAUGUAGGCGGUGCUCUCAUCUAUUUCAGCCAAAGCUCGGCAAUUCAAGUCUUGUAGAAUCAACUGGACUCUUGUCACAGUCUUUUAGAAUCAACUGGACUCUCGUCACAGUCUUGUAGAUUCAACUGGACUCUCGUCACAGUCUUGUAGAAUCAACUGGACUCUCGUCACAGUCUUGUAGAAUCAACUGGACUCUUGUCACAGUCUUGUAGAAUCAACUGGACUCUCGUCACAGUCUUGUAGAAUCAACUGGACUCUCGUCACAGUCUUGUAGAAUCAACUGGACUCUCGUCACAGUCUUGUAGAAUCAACUGGACUCUCUUCGUAGUCUUGUAGAAUCAACUGGACUCUCGUCACAGUCUUGUAGAAUCAACUGGACUCUCGUCACAGUCUUGUAGAAUCAACUGGACUCUUGUCACAGUCUUGUAGAAUCAACUGGACUCUCGUCGCAGUCUUGUAGAAUCAACUGGACUCUCGUCACAUUGUUGAUAUAAUUUAUAGUCCUCAGGACAGAAACGUAACAUCAAAUUGUUUUUUGUUUAGUUUUGUUUUGUAUUUGUUUGCUUUUUCUAAGUGACAGGUAUUAGUGAAAGCUUUCAAAUUGCUUUGUAAAUCCAUUCAUUACUCUUUUAAUUCAAAGUGAUAAUAAUACUGGAAAACAGGGUGAAUGGGAAUUAAUGAGGUGAUUAGGAAUAACAAAAUUUGAAAAGGUGUUGUUGUCAUAAUUCUUUACUCAUGAAUGAUGUAGACACUCUUUCUUUUAUUCAAAAUAAAUCAGAAAAGGUUGUGCAUUAUUCAUUCCACAGGAGAAGGAUUACGUCAACAAAUCUAUGCCAGUAACAUCUGGGCCCUGUCUUAUAAAGAGUUGUGAUUGAUCCAAAUCAAUUGAAGCUUGUAGUCUCCUAUCUCUCAUGUACAUAGUGUGAUAGAUAUCAAUCAGAAAUAAUUUGUGAUUGAUAUUGACUCUUUAUAAGAUGGGGCCGUGGUCUUUUCUCUCCUAUUGGUCCUAUCAUAUAUUUAUAGCUCAUUCCUUUGGAAUGAGAGACAUUGCAACCUUUAAGAAAAUAUUUUUGUUACCUUUAAAAUGAAUGGCAAGUAUUGGGUUAGAAGAUAUAUGCGUACAACAAAGUUCCUACUCAUACUCACUUAUCUAUGUGUUAUAAGAUAUUUGAUUUGAUUUGAUUUGACUCAUUUAUUUGUAAAAGCCCAGUUCAGCUGUUUGGCUGUUUUACAAUGGUGCCGUGCAUAUACAAUAAAAAUACAGAGUAAUCAUAAGAACAAAACCAUAUACAUUAUGUAUCAUAUAAAGAAAAAUAAAAUAGUAGAAUUACUGAUGACACACCGAGUAGUCAUAGAAAUGUGAAGCGCCUGACACUUAUCUUGCCUCUGCAGUGUACUGCAGCAUAAGGGAAGCUCUAAGGCAGUGUGAUUGUGGUCUAGGAAAACUGGAAGGCAGCAAUGAUAAUGCAUUGUUAGAUAGCAAUGGAUUAUUAAGGACAUAUUCAACUAAUUUUGUUUUUGUAUCAAAACCUGAAGAUCAUCUGUUACAAACCAUCUGUUAAUAUUAUCUUUAUCUACUUCUAAUGCAUUGUUAGAUAGUAAUGGAUUACCUUAAGGACAUAUUCAACUAAUUUAAUUCUAAUAUCAUUUUUUAACCAGAACCUGAAGAUUAUCUGUUACGAGUAAAAACCAUCUGUUAUUUUGAUCUUUAUCUGCUUUCAAUGUGGGAUCUUCUGAUUGGUGUAUGCUGUACUGGUGUCCUAAAUUCAUUCAUUAAGAUCAUCUUCAGGUGCUAGAAACUUCCACAAAUGUUAUGAGUGCUCCACAUUCAUGAAAGUUUCAUGCUGCAAAACAAUGAAAUCACAAUACUAGAUUUUUUUGAUGGUUUCGUGCAUUGCAAAUCUUCUGCUGUUAAAAUGUUAAGAAUGUUUCCUGGUCAACAGUUAUCUUAUACUUUCUUUAUUGGUGAAAUAGUGGAAAUAUUAUUUAUUAGUCCUCUAUAAUGCCAGCCUAAAGUUCAUAUCUCGAUAUCUUCUGUGUAAAAUGUAAUGCUAUUUUAAUGUACUCAGUCCUCGGGAUAGGACUCUAAGCUCUAAGUCCUACCGGUAUGUUUGUACAGUGCCCAUGUGAAGGAGAAACAAAUUAAGGUGACAUAAUUUAGUACUUAAUUGAUCCGUUUUCUAUCUACACUGUGGGUCACA